AUGGCGAUUCUAAAGGCGUGUCAUGACUCUCCUGUUGGGGGUCAUCAUAGUGGUAAUCGGACUGCGGCUAAGGCAUACCGGACUGCUUUCAAGACUCUGAUUGUGACUUCACCCUUCAAUCUUAUGUUUGGAAAAGCUUUUCACUUGCCGGUUGAACUUGAGCACAAGGCCAUGUGGGCUUUGAAGAAAUUGAAUAUGGAUUGGGAAGAAGCGACCAAGCUCAGGUUGUUUCAAUUAAAUGAGAUGGAUGAGUUUCGGUACCAGGCAUAUGAGAGUGCAGCACUGUAUAAAGAAAGGAUGAAGCAAUACCAUGACAAGAAAAUCCUGAAGCGAGAGUUCUACAAGGGUGAUCCUGUCUUGCUGUUCAACUCUCGGUUGAAGUUGCUACCGGGUAACGUUUAUUUUGGUGCAGGAAAUAUAUUGCAGAAAAUAGUCUUUGAAAAGCAGGCUCAUCAUGUUUAA